CCGGCCCCGGACGUAGGCAACGUAUGCAGGGUGCAAGGAUCCAAAGAUUGAAUAGAUCUCGAGGCCGUCCUGUGAGAAUAUGUGGCAACUGAGAGGGUUGUCGGCAAAUGAGGCGGGUAGUGAUUGGAGACGCUUCCUGUAUUCUGAGAUUAUGGCUGCUUGUAUGGUUGUAGCGUUGGUAGGGCUUGACUUUCAUCAUAGCUUUGGAUUCCCCUUUGCCUGUCCGAGAUUACGGUCAGUCCGGGCUUCAUACAUUUUUUCGCCCACGCUCGUCUUUCAAGAUGAAAGCCAUCCGAGCCAAGGUCUACUCCCCAUCGACCUCGGAACGAUGAAUAGCUAUGGCGUCCAGGCUUUUAAAAUCCAUCUCUGUACCGUCGAAGACCGAAAACCUGAAGAUGAACUGAUUGACCAGAGAGAAAACGAUGCUGGCGAGGAAAGUGGCCCUGAGGAAGAAUGCAUUCCUCAGGACUCUCUGUGCCAUGGCAUUCGCACCCACUCAGAUGAAGACGAAAUUGACCGCCUGCUGGGUCUCUGCAGUGAUUUUGUGGGAGAUAACGCAACCCAUGACCCGCCAGUACUGCUCGACGGCGAAACCGCAUCUGGGCGAGCCUUGCAAGAGGACAACGGCAGAUUAAACGGCCCAUGUAGGUUCUUCAGGCCGGAGUCUGCUACACCAGCCCAUCCCGACAAUGGGCUGGACUCGAAAUCCGUCGCCGAGCUACUACAGAAAUGUAGUGCUUUCAUGAGGUAUUGGGAGUGGGUUGGCGCUGACAUGGCUCAAUCCGUUGUCGCUGAAAGGCACGAGGAUAUCGCCAGUCUGGUGACGACUUUGCUACCCUGGGAUCCGAGUACCAUAGAAUACGAAGAUAUCCUCUCGUUUGGCAUUGAGGCCUUCAUGGGAAUCGAUGUCUUGUACGCGACUCUUGUCCGCGCCAUGUUCAUCGCAACGUGCGAGGGCAACAUUGAGGCGCUUGAUAUCUUGCUUUCUACCGGGGUGUGCGAUGUUGACGCACAAGCAUCCGACCAGACCACGUGUCUCCACCACGCUGCUGUCAACAACCAGCCAAAGAUUGUCGAACUGCUGUUGGAGAAGAAGGUGAACCUCGAACGAAAAUGUCACAAUGGGGAAACGGCGUUUUACAAGGUGUGUGGGUCGAAAGAACACGAGGACUGGGGACGUGGUGCUCUCUGCCGUGCCGCAACAACAGGAAAAUUUGAGGCCAUAGAGACAAUGAGGUCCAGGGGGAUGAGUCCUACUAAGGGGGGAACAUUGUGUAAUUGGUGCCCACUACACUCUGAUCCCCAGCAACCAGACCUGGAUGUUGAAUUUUCCGGCAUGGCGUUGAAGUUUAUAUAUGCGAGCUUAUAA